CCGGUAUUUAUUUUGUAUAGGGUGUGCACGCUGAAUCCCAAGCCAAAAAAGUCAACAACAAACUUUUCAUCAUUCCAUCCGUCAAGUGAAGUCAGGCAAGGCUUCAACAACAGAAAUGUUGCUUUCGGGAGUCCAUAUUUUACAGCUUUUUUGGCUGUUAGCCUGCGGGACAAUCUAUAGUUCUGCGGGCUCAUUGCGAUUGGCCUCCUACUAUGCUAGUCAUAUGGUACUGCAGAUGGAACCACACAGUGCUGUCAUCUGGGGCUAUUCUGGUCUUGGAGCCAACAUCACCCUUGAACUCAAAGAAAAACUAUAUCAGACAGAAGCGGGAGGUGCUACUUUUACCAGCGAAGGGGUGUGGAAAGUGACCCUUGACCCCCAACCUCCAAGUGGUCCUUUCACCAUCCAGAUAACGUCAGACAAUCAAGGAGUUCAAGAAGUUAUUGCACUGGAAGAUGUUCUCUUUGGAGAUGUUUGGGUUUGCAGUGGACAAAGUAACAUGGCGUUUGAUGUCAAGCAGGCUUUUAAUGGCUCAGCAUCCAUAGAUCAGUCUUAUCAAUACACUGAUAUCAGAGUUCUUUCAAUCUAUCAAAAUGAUUCAUCUGUACCGUACUAUGAUAUCCCAGCUCUAUAUAAACCUUGGUCAAGACCAGAUCCCGAUGUGCUGGGGAAGGGAGAACAAGGAUUUUUGUAUUUCUCGGCCCUCUGUUGGUUCUAUGGCGUCAAUCUAUACAAUCAUCUCAGGUACCCGAUAGGCCUGAUCUCGUCAAACUGGGGCGGGACCCCAGUAGAAGCAUGGUCAUCCCCGGAUGUUCUUGCAAAGUGCCAUGUAGACCCACACAGUAUCUUAAAGAAGGAAACAGCUAUUGAGACCGACUUUAAUAAAGGAAUAUUUGGAGGUCCCCAUGAUCCCAGUGGGCUAUGGAAUGCCAUGAUACACCCAAUGAUUAAUAUGACCAUCAAGGGAGCAAUUUGGUAUCAGGGUGAAGCCAACACUCCAUCUCCAGCGAGUUAUAAGUGCCUCUUCCCCGCCAUGAUAGAAGAUUGGCGAGCUAAAUGGUCUGAGGGUACAGGUGGACAGACUAACCCAUCUUUCCCUUUUGGAUUCGUUCAGAUAUGUACAUCAGAGAAUCCACUUACCAAACCAUCACAGAACUAUCCUGUCCUGAGGUGGCACCAGACUGCAGAUAAUGGAUUCGUUCCUAAUCCUCAACAGGACAAUGUUUUCAUGGCUGUUGCUAUUGAUUUGCCAGAUACCAGCUCGCCGUAUGGAGCGGUCCAUCCACGUUAUAAGCAGGAUGUAGCCAAUAGACUGACCUUGGGAGCACGAGCUGUUGCGUACGGAGAAAAGGGUGUGGUGUACCAAGGUCCGUUUCCUACUACCGUCAUACGCAUCGCUUCGUCAGACCUUCUUAUUGAGUUUGACGAUGGCAAAGAUGUUCUUAGGAUGAACAAUGCAAGUUCUUUUGAUGCAUGUUGCAAUUCAUCUGCUGAAGACUGCCCUCUAGCAGGCCUUUCAUCACCAUGGAAACCAGUCACGUCAGGGUACGAGCUCGGUAGAGCACACAUCUCUUUUCAAGAUCCUUGUGCCGCCAUUGGAGAAAGGGCUUCGGUAGUUCGUUACAGCUGGCGCGACAUGCCAUGUGCUGGCUACAAGAAAUGUCAGCUCUAUGAUGCCAGCUCAAAUCUACCUGUCCCACCCUUCCGAAUGGUUGUUGAAGAUAAUCAUCUUCGCAAUCCUAAACUUAAAUUCAUUCCUUGAGGUAUUUAAUCUUUGAUUAUAUAAUUUAUGUGGGAAUUGCCACAGAUGCCUUCUUAAGUCUGAAACCAUUUCAACAUAAAGUUUUUUGUUAUGUAUUAUUAACAUGCACCCAGGAAAUUCAAAGAAAAAAAGUUGAUACUUGCCAAACAUGAAAUUCACGGUAUCUUAUAAAAUAUUUGUGCUAUCAUGACAAAUUUGAUAUCAAACAAAUGAGUAUGUCAUGCCCCUUCAUCAUAUUGCUUUGUCAUCAGGAGCUGAAAAACGAUUGGGUGUCAUUUCUCCCCCCAAAAUCUUCAUAUUUUAGACAAAUUAAAAAAAAACUUCCAAAAGCAUUUCAUAUUUGGGCUAGUUACUUCUCAACAAAAAUGUUUCAGAUUACACUUUUUUUGUUAAGUGGUGACAUAUCAUGAUAGAAAAUGUAAU